CCGCCCCCAGAGCCUCAGAGUAAUCUGUCCAGGACGCCUUCAGAGAUAUAUCGGAAGGAAUCCCUCAAGGAUGGCGGCAGCCCAGUGCCUUGCUGGUGGGAAGAAGGCAGCCAAGAAGAUACGGCACUGGAAAACAACAGCCCUGGACCACCACAGCAACCCCGCCACAAAUCCACUUUAGACAACCCAGAUCAAGAGGUGGAAGGAGGUGAUGAUGAUCAGGAGACCUGGACACCUGCACAGCCUUCUGCAACACAGCAAAAUCAGCAACAGCAGCCCAAGAAGGGCGGCUCGGAACAGCAACCGCCGCCACCACAACAGCAGCAGGAGCAGGAACAGCAGCAGCAGCAGCAGCAGCCGUCGAAGCCAGCGCCGAAACUGAACGACAUCCGCAACAAGUGGGAGUCGAAGAUACAGGACGAGAACGUGGAGCGCCAGAAGCGCCUCAGCUUCCACCAGAAACAGCAGAAGAAGCAGCAGCAGCAGGAGAAGAACGAGAACGCGGCAGACGACAAUUUGGAAAACGAGGUCAACAACCAAAUGAACAAAGAGGUCAGGGUUCCCAGAGACGGGUUCGGUCGUCAGCUCAGUAGUACUACUCAGGAUUCGGAGAAGGCGACUCGGAGAGAGAGACCGACUCAGAACGAUCAGACCAAUCGGCAGUCGAAUCGAGAACCUGAGAAGUUGACUCAGAAUGAGAAGACCAAUCGUCAGCAGGUUCGAGAACCGGAAAAGCCGAGUCCAAGAGGUAGCAAGAUCAGCCAGAAUGAUAAACCCAGUCUGAGUCGUGAACCCGACAAAGUGACUCCGAAAGAUAAUAAGACCAGUCAGAACGAGAGGCUGAAUAAGAACGAGCCGCAGAAGAAAGAGAUGACGAAACCCCAGGCAGAUCAGAAGCAAGCCGAGAAAAGAGGCGCUCAAUUCGGCCCCUCCAAGAACCAAAAAGAGCCCGAAAAGAACGCAACCAAUAACAAAGAGCCGCCCAAACGCGACGCCCCGAGCGCAGCAAACCAGACCUCGAGACCCCAGGAUGCCAAAACCAAUCUGAGCAGGAAUGUGAAAGAGAAAGAGGAACCGAAGAAGAAAGAGGAACCCGCUAAAGGUAACAAGGAACCUCCGCCGCAGACCAAGAAGCCCAUGACGGCCCUGGAAGAGAUGAAGAUGAAACAGGAGGCCAUCGUCAACAGGGCUCAGGCACGCCUCGACAAAGAUGGCCGACCGAAGGAAGAGUUGAAAUCGAUACUGAAACCCGUCGAUCAGAGAAGAUUUGGCGGCCAGGAUCAAGCGAGGGAUACCAGAAAUGCCAAGGCAGAGCCGAACAAUCGAUACACAAACAAACCGACGGUUAAUGAAAAGAUCGUCAAAUCUGCCAACCUAGAUGUCCCUCAUUUAAAGGAAGAAAGUAAUUCACGGUGUUCUUCACCAUUCGUAGAAGAGCAGUGGGGUACCCCACAAGAGCACUGGAUACCAAGUACUCCCAAACCCGGAGUGAAAAUUGUAACCAAAAAGCAAGAGGAAGAAUCAGAGUCAGAGGAAGAGGAAUCAGAGGAAGAGGAGUCUGAGGAAGAAGAAACAGAAUCUGAGGAAGAAUCCGAAGAGGAAGAAACGGAUGAUGACGAAGAGGAAGAGACGGAUGAAAGCGAAGAAGAAAAGAAGCCUGUACCCAAGAAUGACAAGCCCAAGGCUCAGCCUGCUAAGGCAAAUGAUCAGCCUGAGCAAACACAGCCCGAAGGCUUUCUGGAAAAAGAACCAGUUACAGAGUCGUCUGUGGCUGUAGAUGUUGCCUCUCAACAACUUCAGUCUCAUCCUCCCCCUGUUACAAACGAAACAAGUCUGUCUGAUUUGCUGGAAACCAUUGACAUCGAAGUGGCAGAAAAGCCUGAACCGUUAGGCAAUUCAAAACAGCCCAACUCAGACGUCCAGAUUCCAAAGCAAGACAUGUCCGAGGAAGUCGUCGCCAAGUCAGAGGAAGUUGUCGCCAAGUCAGAGGAAGUUGUCGCCAAGUCAACAGAGACCCCUGAGGAAAGGAAAGCAACCUCUGUUGACGUUAAGGAUGUCGCUAAUGAUGCCAACGAAGAAAUAACCAAGUCUUUCCAGAAGGAUGAUUUCAUUAACAACUAUGAGGCAACUCAAGACUCGGACGAUAAUCUUAGUGAGAGGGCAGAUAGCAGCUUUGCCCUUAAGGACGAGUCCAACUUUGACUCCUACGUCAAAAGCCAGGAUUACGAAGCCGAUGAUGAGUCGUUUGAAAAGCCCAAAUUCACAAUUCUUGGCGAAUACAUAGGCGACCAAGAGGAAACUCCAGAUGCUGACGACAUCAUUGCUCAAAUCCAAGCACAGUUUCCCAAAAGAGGUGAAGAGGGCUUCGAUAAAGUGUUAGAGGAUAAAGUUUCGAGACCUAGGGCUAAUAGAUUCAAGGACAUGGACGAAGAGCCCAAUUGGUGGGAGAAGACGAACGAGGAUGACACAGUGCAUCGACUGAAGCCAAAGAUGCAGGAUGACAACGAGGGGGGCUGGUGGUGGGAACAGCCGGAGGAGGAGGAAGAGGAGGAGGUUGUUCAACAGCCCUAUAAACCAAAGAUGGUGGACGACGAAGGUUGGUGGUGGGAGAAACAGGAAGAGGAGGAACAAACGACAAAACCAAAGAAAGACCCAAAGCAGAUGUGGUGGGAGAAACCGUCUGAUGACACAUCGGACAAGGAGGAGGAGGAUGAUGGAGACACAUGGUGGAAGACGUGGGAUACGGUCUUAGAGCAAGAUUUUCUUAAGCAACACCCUGAGAUGGCCCUGAUAAAACCCGUAGCUCACUCAGUUUAUAUGCUAAAAGAGAAAUAUUAUAAGUGGAAGUCAGAACAGAGAUUGGAGCCGACCCGCAUCAAGUUGUCAAAGUUGAGAGAGGUCAAAAACGCCAGACUGCCGUGGUUAGCUGACGACUUUGAAGAUCCGACGUCAGACUCCAGCAAGGUUCCAUGGUGGGAACAGGACACGAGAGACUUCAACAAGAACAAUAAAAUACCACCACCUCCACCCAUGCCUGGAAUCCCACCACCACCUCCGAUGCCAGGGGUCCCGCCACCCCCACCACCUCCUCCAGGAGUGAAGUUCAACAAGAAGCCUAUGUCAGAGUCCCAGAAAGCUCACCUGGAAAAUAUAAAAAAGGCUGUCAGAACCAGACCUGACUGGAACACUGUUCUGAAGCACAUUGAGGGCGGCACGAAACUGAGACACGUUAAUCCUGGAGAAAAAAGUGACAGAUCUCAACCUAUUCUGCCAAAAUCUCGAGGCAAAGGAGGAAAUUUCGUCUACGAGUCGGAGAAGCCCAACGCCCACAAUGAGCUGCUACGAGAGAUCCACAGGGGUGUUAGGCUGAGAAAAGCAAAAACGGAUGACAGAAGUAGACCAGAUUUCAAAGCACUAGGUCUGCGUAAGUUGCGUCGCCAGCUCACGACAGAAGAGAAGAAGCAGCAACCACCAAUGGAAGCGAUGCCUUCCUCGUCUGACGAGGAAGAGGACAUCGACCACAUGAGAGAUGACUUGCAGGCAACCAAAAGCCAACUUGCUGAAGAGAUCAAGAACAGGAAGAAGAUUGAGAGAGAAAACAAGUUACUCAAGAUUGAUGUCGAAGCCUUGCAGGCAGAAGUCAAGAAACUGAAGAGGCAAAUAAGGGAAUCAGGAGACCACAAACCCCUCUUGAAUGGCGAAGCAGAUGAAAUUGUGCCUAAAUUAGAGAAAUCCAUGAGCAAGUUGCGCAUGCGUGAUGAGGACGCCCUCGACUUCUCGGAGUUAGACAAUCUGGAAACUGAAAUCAACAAUUUGAAAGGUCAAGUCGACUUCCAUAAGAAGCAAGCAGAUGAGUAUUUAGACAAAUAUGAAGAGGUCACGCAGAAACUAAUUGUAUCUGAAAACACUGCAGAAGAAUGGGAACUGCGUGGCACCUAUUAUGAGAAGAAGUUCAAGGCUCUCCAAAAGGAACAGAACAUUGAGCUUCCUGACAUUGAAACUGUGGGCAUCCAGACAGACCCAGUCGAAAUCGAUGGGGCACCACCAUCUUCACCUACCACUGCUAAUGACGCACAACCAUUCCCAAUUUUACCCAACAAAUCAGGAAGCAGGAGAAGUUUCUCAUCAUUCAACCGAAUGGAAAGCUUCAAGGAAGAAGAAGAGGGGGAGGAUGCAGAAGACGAAGCAGAGUCUGAAGAAGAGGAAGAGGAGGAAGAAGAAGAGGAGGAGGAGGAAGAAGAAGAAGAGGAGGAGCAGCAGGAUGGUGAAGUGGACGAAGAGAAAGCUGCAGCAAAAGCACAACAGAAGAAAGAGGAACGCGAACUCAAGCUGUGGACAAACAAAUUGGACCACCUCAAAGAAAAGGGACAGAACAUCAAGAAUGACAGGAACAGCAUGAGGGAGAAGAUCAAAGGUUAUUUCAAACAAAUGAGAGAGGAACGACAGGAGUACCUCAAGAAAAAGGAGGAACUGGAGGAGCUAGCCAAGUGUCUGAAGGAGGACGAAGAGGAAGACGAAGAAGAGGAAGAGGAGGAGGAGGAAGAGGAACAACUCCCAGUAGAGAAUGAAGGGAAUGGGUGGUGGUUCGAUGAACCCACUCAGAAGCCAAAGGUGCUCAAGAGGAGGAAAAAGAAGAAAGGCAACACUAAUGCAGAUGACGAAGAGGUGAAUGAAUUUUCGACCUUAGAUGACCCUGUGUGGAGUGAAUCAGAGGAGGAAGAGAGUGAAUCAGAUGACGAAGAGGCCAGUUUUCAGACCAGGCUCGAGAGCCUCAAGGACAGAACGCAGAAGCAUGAGGAGGCCACGAGUGCUAAGAAGAAGGACAACUACAUGCUCAAGACCCAGAUUGAACGCUGCGAGGACAUGCUGGCCGUCGAGAAACUCAGACACAAGAGACUAGACGAAGAACUACAGAUGUUGCUAUCAGAAGUCUCGUAGCGAUGCCCUGUGUGAUAUAAAUUUCGAGAUUAGUGAUAAUGGCAUAGAUGAUCUGAAAUAUUUUUUCUAGGGAAGCCAAGGGCACUGGGAGCUUUGUUGGCUGGUAUAAUGCAUGAGUACAAGCUUUGCGCACAAAUGCCUUCCUAUUUUUUUCUUAUGAUUGUUGACGGUGUGAUAGUAGACAGCAAAUACCAUAAUAAUAUCGAAAACAAGAAGGAAAGAAAGAGGGAGAAAAAUGUAGGAGGAUGAGAGAAUGAGGCAGAAUCCAGAAUUCUGCCCAGGAGAAUCAACGUUACCCAGUUAUUGCGUAAGUAUAUAUUUAUUUUUAUUAAAGAAUGAAGUGUCUACUUAUUAUACUUCCCUCUCCUUCGAAGUAUGAGCUGUAACUGCUGCUGCAGAGCGUGAAUGGUCACUGGCAUAAAUGCGUGCGUGUGUCUCUGUCUCUGCCUCUUUCCUUCCUUCUGAUUGGCCUAGGAUAGCACGCUCAUUUUGAAUAAAAUGAAUGGGUUGAUUAGGAUAGGUAUCGGAGCUUUAGGAUUAGAGCUACAUGCUACGUGUAUGAUAUUCUCUGAAUGAGUGAAUCUUUGGGAGUUUUGCCAAAAUGUGUACAUGUGAUGUGAAUGACAGUUAUGGUGCUGAUGGUGAGACGUUUCAGUUCUUAACAUUCUCAUUCUAAAUAAUGCAGGCAGAAUUCACAUCACCCUGUGGGAGGUGUCACUUCAUAUUACCCAUUGGGUGGUGUAGCUUAACAUUUUAUACACCACCCUGUAGAGGUGUUACUUGAGAUUCACAUCACCCUGUGGGUAAUGUAACUUAAUAUUCUACACCACUUUGUGGGAGGUAUCAGGGCAAUAUUACCUAUACACCAUGGGAGGUCUCACUUAAAAUGUGACACUACCAUUUGGGAGGCGUCACUCAAGAUUUCCACAUCCUGUGGGAGGUGCCUCUUCUUCAAGAUUUAGUGUCAUCUCUCCUUCGAGAUGGUUUUUGUUUUCUCUCACUCGAUGUUGUCUUGCAGUAUAUGAUUUAUUAAUAUACGAUUAACAUGCAUGGAAUAUUAAGAAGCUAAAGUGGUUCACAACUCUAAUAAAAAUUUAAAAAUUAAA